ACGACAGUGACACAUCUAUCAUUGAGAUAUUACAGACAACCACUUCAAGCUGGACACAUACCAAUGUCGGUAACGCAACUGAAACUGGACAAUUUCGAUCAGCUACUUCAAACUGAGCACAUACCACAGUCUGUCACGAACCUCUACUUGGGGCAUUUCAACCAACCUCUUCAUGCUGGGCACAUACCACAGUCUGUCAAGCACCUCUAUUUGGGGCAUUUCAAUCAACUACUUCAAGCUGGACACAUACCAAUGUCGGUAACACAACUGAAAUUGGUGGAAUUCGACCAACCACUUCAUGCUGGUCACAUACCACAGUCUGUCACGCACCUCUACUUGGGGCGUUUCAAUCAACCACUUCAAGCUGGUCACAUACCGAUGUCAGUGAUACAACUGACAUUGGUGGAUUUCGACCAGCCACUUCAUACUGGGCACAUACCACAGUCUGUCACGCACCUCUCUUUGUGGCAUUUUGACCAACCACUUCAAGCUGGACACAUACCAACGUCGGUAACACAACUGACACUGGAAAAUUUCGAUCAGCCACUUCAAGAUGGAUAUUUACCACAUUCUGUGAAACAACUAUCAUUAGUAUGUUACAACCAACCACUUCAAGCUGGACACAUACCAUUGUCGGUAGCACAACUGACAAUGGACAAUUUCGAUCAGCCACUUCAAGAUGGACAUAUACCACAGUCUGUGACACAGUUAUCGUUGGAAAGAUUCAAUCAACCACUUCAAGAUGGACACAUCUCGCCAUCUGUGGUAGAUUUAUCGUUGGAAUGCUUCAAUCAAUUGCUCCAUGUUGGGAAUAUACACUCUCAUUCUGCAAUGCGUUUAAGUUUUGGUCGUCUCUUUAAUCAAUAUCUCUCAAUUGAGCACAUUCCAUCAGCCACAUCACUAUCGAUCCAAAACUCUCAAUUCUCUCCUGAGAACUUUGGCCUUCAUUGCCACAGCCGUCUCGACACGAUCACAAUUGUCCAUGAACUACAAGGUCAGGGCUCUUCAUCAUUUUUGGAUUUCAAUUGUGAUUCUCUUUUGAUGAGGAACCUUUCACAUCUCAUUGUCCAGAUCAAGACAGAGUCAGCUCACAUGCCAAAGAAAAUCAGCGAUGGCGCUCCACACUCUCUUCUGCGCUUGCUCAAGUCAAUCCCAACAAUAACUCUGCAAUUCUUUAACGGCUCCUUUGACAUUGAUUUUGAGACUAUUUGGAGACAUCUGGAUGGCAGGACAGCACUAUUUGUAUCGGUAACCAAGGCAGAUGGCGAUGGAAUCGUUUCAUUUUGGAAUUUUCCAACUUUACCAAAUGAUUCCAACAAUAGUUCAACUCCAGAUCAACUCAGACUCAGAGAGUUUUUGGAACAGAAAACCAUAGUUCAGAUGUCCAGGUUUACAAAGGAUAAACUGCGUCAAUAUCUUUCGGUCAUGGGCGUAUCAACAAAUAAUACUCCUAUGACGAAUCUCAACAUGGCAAAAGCC